CACACAUAUGGUGCAGCGCGCUUCGGAGAAUUUGGGGAAUAUAUGACCAGGAAGCGGGCGAAGCUGCAACUUCAGAAUGCUGAAAUGGAUGUCGACGAGGAUGAGGCGGUCCGAAGCAAGAUCUUUCGUGACUUACAAAUCUACAUCAAUGGAUGGACAGAGCCCUCUGUGCAGGACUUGCGCCAGAUGAUCGUCCAGUAUGGCGGUAUUUUCCAUGCAUACCUGGACAAGAAGUCGUUAGUCACGCACAUAAUCACCUGCGCUUUGACCCCAGCCAAAGUACGGGAGUUCCAGCACAUGAAGGUCGUUAGACCUGAGUGGUUGGUGGACAGUAUUGGAGCUGGCACGCUCUUGCCUUGGCAGGACUACAUAUUCCGGCCAGGCGAGCGUGUUGAGGGUGCUCAAGGUCGCAAAGUCGCGCAGAAGUCGUUGCUCGACGGCUUCAUUUCGCAAGCCACAGGCCAUACUACACAGUCAAAGCCCAACACUAUUCGCGCUACAACUCCAGAGUCGCAACCGCGGCGUGUCGCGGUAGAUUUCCCUGCUCAGCCUGAGGCAAGUUCUUCACGGACAACCGCCAAGGUAGCAACUCCACCACACACGCCCAAGAAGCAAACACUCCUGUCCCCCCGCAAACCCGCGCCCACGACGCCAUCGCGUGCACUACUCAUCACGGACCCCGCCACGCCCUCAGAAGCGGACCGGAUCCCUGGCUACGCCGUGCAUAGAUCAAACCCCCACGCCGAGCGCGCCAUGCAAGAUCCCGCAUGGCGCGCCGCGCACACCUCUGUCGCCCCAGACUUCAUCGAGGGCUACUACAAGAACUCGCGCCUGCACCACCUCUCUGCCUGGAAGGCCGAGCUCAAGAACCUCGUCGCGGAGGCGCAGGACCGCGCCGAGAACAAUGGGCCCGAGGCGUGGGCGGGCCUCGCAUCCACCACGGAGAUGGAUGCCCCAAGCACGAGUCAGGCGGCGGUCGAGCGUGUCGUGCAGGAGAACAUCGGCGGACGCGGGCUUGGGAGCGCAGAUCUGAAGGGCGAUGUGAGCAUGCGCGGGGCGCGGCUCGUCAAGCGUGUGCCCGGCAAAGGGAAGGGCAAGGAGAAGGCGGCGGACGAGGAGAGGGUCAUCAUGCACUGCGACUUUGACAGCUUCUUCGUCGCUGCCGGACUCAUUGAUCGCCCCCACCUGCGAGGCAAGCCGGUCGUGGUUUGCCAUUCGCAGGGGAGUGCGGGCGGUGCCUCGAGCACCAGUGAGAUCGCGAGCGCGAGUUAUGAAGCGCGUAAGUUCGGCAUUAAGGGCGGGAUGAGCUUACAGCAGGCUCGCAAGCUUUGCCCUGCUAUCAUCACGAUACCAUACGAGUUUGAACUGUACAAGAAGUUCUCACUACAAUUCUACACCAUCCUGAUGGCGCAUGCCGACGACCUUCAAGCGGUUUCUGUGGACGAGGCGCUCAUCGACGUCACCAGCAGCGUAACGCGUAUACGUGCCAAGUUGACGGAGCAGCCUGAUGGCGCAGACGACUUGGUCGACCCCGCGAAAGACUUCGCAGAGGCCAUCCGAGCGCAAGUAAGGAAGAUCACAGGCUGUGAAGUCAGCAUCGGUAUCGCGCCCAACAUCAUGCUUGCGCGCCUUGCGUCCCGGCGUGCAAAGCCUGCAGGGUCCUUCCACCUGCGCCCGGAAGACGCCCCCGAUUUUCUCGCCCCACUCGAUAUCGACGACCUGCACGGGUUCGGGCACUCGGCGCGCCAGAAGGCCUUGGAGAAGCUCGGGGCGACGAACCUGGGCGAGCUCGCGAAGAAGAGCAAAGCGGUGUUGUGCGACGCAUUGGGCAAGGGCACUGGGGAGACCCUGUACAAGGCGAUCCGGGGUAUCGACGAGCGGCAGCUGGAGAGCGACAAGCCAAGGAAGUCAGUCUCUUGCGAUAUCAACUACGGCAUCCGAUUCGAGAAUAACGAGCAGGCAGAGGCGUUUGUGUACCAGAUGGCAGAAGAGGUCUCGCGGCGACUCAAUAGCAUCGAAAUGCGCGGUCGCUCGCUCACACUGAAGAUACUUGUGCGGGACCCGAGCGCACCCGUCGAGGCACCAAAGUUUCUCGGUCAUGGGAUUUGCGAAGGGCACAACAAGCAAGCGCCGCUCAUCGCACCAGGCGGUCGUGCGACAAGCAACGACAAAGUAAUCGGCGAGCACGCAUGGAGACUGCUCAAGAGCUUCAACUUUGACCCGCGCGAGCUGCGUGGUAUCGGGAUCCAGAUCCAGAAGCUGGAGAAGGCCUCGGGCGUUCAGGACACCGAACUUGGGCAAGCUGUGUUGCCUUUCAAGCGCGCCGGUGUCUCCAAACAGGGCAUAUCUGCUUCAAAAGCAGGCAGUAGCAUCGAUGCUCGACGGCCGAAGAUCGCCAUCCAGCCGCCAUCCCAAGAAGACGAAGAAGUGCAUAUUAUCGAGAAACCGCCUGAGGUAGGACGCGCGCAGGCGGACAUCGACCUACCCUCGUUCUCGCAAGUGGACAUGUCCGUCUUUGAGGCGCUGCCCGAGGAUCUUCGUAAGGAGCUCGAAGCAGAAUACCAGCGACGCUCGGUAACGCCUGGCCCGGCUCCCAAGGACCCUACACAGCCACCUCCCGAGCCCGAGAAGAAGUUCGGUAUCGUUGUCAGGGGUCCCAACCUGAAGCGUAUCACUCGACAGCUCGCACCUCGGAAUCGGCCCAUGCUCUCGCCCACGAACAAGCUGUUCGCGAAGCGUGUGUACACAUCCUCUGUCAGCGUCACCAAGAGCGAGCUCCGCAAGUACGGCAUCGACCCCGACGUGUUCGCCGCCCUCCCACUCGAGAUGCAGCGCGAGCAGCUGGCGGCACACCGCGCGCCCGGCGUCACUGUUUACGCCAGCCAGCGCAAAGUGUUGAAGCCGUCUGAAUAUCGCGGCAAGCGGUCCUCGCACUCGCCAUCGUUCGUGUACCGCGCGCCGCCGCCCCCAAAGGCGGUGUACCUCGCGCGCCCGACGCUGAAGCAGCAGGGGAAGGCGCCGGGCGAGAAGCUGCAGUUCAGCGAGACGGACGACGUGCAGCGCGUAAUCGAGUCUUGGGUCGAUGGCUUCCGGGAGCAUGCGCCGAACCAGCGCGACGUGGACUACUUUGCGAAGUUCCUCGUGCGAUGCGUAGACGGCGCGCGCUCGAGCGAUUCGGGCGUCGAGCGUGCAGUGGCAGUUGCGAAGUGGUGGCUCGUGCUGCUCCGCCGGCACUUCGGGACCUGGGAGAACGUGCCGGAGCCUGAGGUAUCACUUGAGCGCACUAAGCGGGUGACUUCCGAGAUGGUGGGCCGGGCGUGGUGGGGUGCGUUCAGGGAGGUGAAGGCGAAGAUGGACGAGGCGGCGAGGAGAAAGUUCGGCGGUUGCCUCUCACUGAAGUAG